AGUACAUGUCAAUAUUGCACGUCAAGCUGAAGUGACAGGCACAUGUGAUAUUGAAGUGAGGCAGAGGGUAGGAGGGCUGAUGACACAGAGCUGCACAGUGAGAAAGGCGCACAUUGUACUUCAGUGCUGGCGAAAAGGAGGCGCUCCUCUCCUCUCCUCAACUCUCCACUUUCUCAACACUGAGGGGAAAACAAAGAAAGCAAGGAUGCAAAAUCCACUCUGAGGACGAUCGUAAAUCCUGCUGCAGUGCAGAACCUUUCAUCCUUUGAGUCUGGUGCUUCUUCAGACUUGCUGAUUUCUUCUGCGUUUUGGCGCUCUGCGCGGCGCAGGAGUCUGCAGAAAAGAGCGAGGAACGGAGGAGAGGAGCUGCCUCAUCCCGCUGGAUGGACCCGAUCUCUGCUUUUCUCACUUUUAUCUGAGGGCUCGAUCGUCAGUGGAAACUCAAGUCCUUUACGAAAGAGUUGGGAUUCAGUUCCCCCACCACUUUUAUCGAUGUCUGUCGAUUUUGUGGAAAGUUGACUCUGAAGGCAAGGAGGACUGAUCUGAAGAUUAAGCUUCACAAUGGCGACCGGUGUAGCAGCAUGGCUCCCUUUCGCCAGGGCAGCAGCCAUCGGCUGGAUGCCUGUCGCCAACUGCCCAAUGCCCAUCGCUCCGAGAGACAACACCAAGAGAAAGGAUGAGCUGAUCGUUCUCAACGUCAGCGGCCGUCGUUUCCAGACCUGGAGAACCACUCUGGACCGCUACCCUGACACGCUACUGGGCAGCUCUGAGAAAGACUUCUUUUACAACGAGGAGAGCAAGGAGUAUUUCUUUGACCGUGACCCUGACGCCUUCAGGAGCAUCCUAAACUUCUAUCGGACAGGGAAGCUGCACUACCCACGCCAUGAGUGCAUCUCUGCCUAUGACGAGGAGCUGAUCUUCUUCGGCAUCAUCCCUGAGAUCAUCGGCGACUGCUGCUAUGAAGAGUACAAAGACAGGAAGAGGGAGAAUCUGGAGAGACUGCAGGAUGAUCAGGAGGAGAACAAGGACAUGAAACUACCCAACAUGACCUUAAGGGAGACCAUGUGGCGGGCCUUUGAGAACCCCCACACCUCCACCAUGGCGCUGGUCUUCUACUAUGUCACUGGUUUCUUCAUCGCGGUCUCCGUCAUUACAAAUGUGAUUGAGACCGUUCCGUGUGGAUCCACCUCCAACCAGAAAGACAUGCCAUGUGGGGAACGCUACACAGUGGCGUUUUUCUGCAUGGACACAGCCUGCGUCAUGAUCUUCACGGUGGAAUAUCUAUUGCGUCUGUUCGCCGCACCUAGCCGCUACCACUUCAUGCGCUCGGUGAUGAGCAUCAUCGAUGUGGUGGCCAUCUUGCCGUACUACAUCGGCCUGGUGAUGACCAACAACGAGGACGUGAGCGGCGCCUUUGUGACGCUGCGUGUGUUCAGGGUGUUUCGCAUCUUCAAGUUCUCGCGUCACUCGCAGGGCCUGAGGAUCCUGGGUUAUACGCUGAAGAGCUGCGCCUCAGAGCUCGGCUUCCUCCUCUUCUCACUCACCAUGGCCAUCAUCAUCUUUGCCACGGUGAUGUUCUACGCAGAGAAGGGUUCCAGCUCCAGCAAGUUCACCAGCAUCCCCGCCUCUUUCUGGUACACUAUCGUCACGAUGACCACUCUUGGAGUAUUUGCCCAUGUUGGAUGAUGGCUCUCUCCAUGUAAUACUGCAGAAAAAGAACAGUCCAGACCUGCUCUAUUUGUCAAGUGUCACAAGAUUUCCACUGAUCGACUGAUGUGCAGUUUGUUAAAUCCACUCUGACUUUCAGAUUAGCAACAAGGCAGCCUGCCUGCAUACUUCAGUUCAAAAUGGCUCUUUCUGAACUGACAUUGUGAGUGAGUAUUGGGAGUGAAGCAUUUAUCUAACAGCACAAACACUCAUGACAUUUUGUUUGCCUUACUUCGAGUGCCACAAAAAAGAAAAAGGUGUUUAAUAUGUGCCUGUAUGGACAGGAUGGUGUGCUUUAUGGAUGAAUAUUCAGGCCAAAUUUGACCUUUAUUCAGAAAAUGGUGCCUGAUUCAAGCCAUAUUACAGGGCUGAAUCCUUACAAGUGAAAUAAUGUUAAAAUGUAAGGCUAAGAAAAUGUACAGGUUUUAAAAAAGUCAACAAAUCUUAACAAUUUCUUCAUAUCUAAACGUUUGUGACUCUGCCUCCCUGUUCUUUUUCGGAUUAAAUCCUUCAGUUGGA